AUGGAAAAGUUGGCCAAUGGUUCAGGAGUGGGAGAAAUGAUAGGCACAAUGAAAGAAAUUGGAAAAAGAUUUAGUGAAGAAACCAAGAAAACUGUUAAACAAGGAUUAAAUAAAUUAGUAGAUAGUAUUGACACAGGAGAAAUCAAAGCCAAACAUAAGGAAAUAUUUCCUAAUAACCCAAUGCUCAUGUGUAUUUGCGGUAGUUCCGGUUCUGGGAAAACUCAUCUCACUUUUAACAUGUUGACAACACCAAACCUUUUAGAUUUCGAUUCUUUGUAUAUCUACACAACAACACCUGAGCAAUCUUAUUAUCAUUUUCUCAAAGCUUUAGAAUAUUUACCAAAGAAAGAUGUUCAAGACCUAUUUCAAUAUUACGAAGAAAACGAAGAAGAAGUGGAAAUAAAAGAUUUCAUAGAUAACUACAUCGAAGGAAAGAAACCAACGGAUAUAAAAGUUUUUCUUACGAAAAAUGUUAAUGAUCUAGAUUUGUCUAAAAUUGAUAUUAAACUAUAUAAAAGAGUAAUUGAACGUGAUGAAGAGGAGUUAGGUGAUUAUGCUGAAGAGCAUUCUCCUAUCACACAAGAAAUAGACGAAUUCGAAGAUAUGGUAUCUGGAGAAGGUAUAACGUUUUUAUCCGACAACAACGAGGAACUACUUAAUAGAUUACGAGUAAUAUUAGCGGCAAUGAAGGAAGGACAUCGAUCGCACAGACAAUAUAAUGAAGUAAAUUGUAUAUUAAAAAGACUCCUAGAGAAAGGUAUCAUAGAUAAAAAUGAUUAUAAAAGCGUGAUUAAACAUGUCAAAUAA